AGCUCGGUAGCUCCUGUCAGUGGCAGUUCACUGAAAUUAGUUUCUGCUAUCUCAUCAUGGUACUGAAGUCAUGCUUCGUUUACAGCACUGGAGUGGUUUCUAUCUUACUGCUGAUUGUCGGCAUUGCUUUAGUUUUGGCUAACGUGUUUCCAAAUGUGCUGAAAUCGGCGGUUAAAAAGGAAGUAAUUUUGAAAAAUGGAACAGAGGCUUUUAAAGCCUGGACGGAUCCUCCUGCACCUAUCUACAUGCAGUUUUACUUCUUCAGUGUGACAAAUCCACAAGAGGUGCUGGGUGGGGAACGGCCGGCUGUGGUGGAGAUUGGGCCGUACACGUAUCGAGAGUAUCGACCAAUGGAGGAAGUGGUUUUCCAAGAUAAUGGCACUAAAGUAGCAGCCGUCAAUCCUAAAACCUACAUUUUCCAGCCCAACAUGUCUCGAGGUCCAGAAAGUGACCUCAUCAGGACUGUUAACAUCCCUGCCAUGACUUUGAUGGAAAAAUUCAAGGACUCACAUUGGAUUGCCUCUUUGAUCUCUGCCUACAUGACGUUCAACAACAUAGGCCUGUUCUCCAGCCACACAGUGGAAGAGCUUCUGUGGGGAUAUGAAGAUCCCUUGCUCAAAGAGGCCAAAAAAUUUGACUCUACGAUAGACGACUUUGUUGGACUUUUCUAUAAAAGUAAUGCUUCAAGUGAUGGAGAAUAUGUCUUUUUCACCGGCCAGCAGAACUACACAGACUUUGCUAGGGUGGACAAAUGGAAUGGUAACAGCUCUUUGAACUGGUGGACGUCCGAUGAGUGCAAUAUGAUUAACGGAACCAACGGCGCGUUCUUCCAUCCGAUCGUCACAAAGGAUGAGGUCCUUUAUAUGUUUUCCUCUGACCUGUGCAGGUCUUUGUACGCUCUGCACACGGAGGACGUGACAGUGAAGGGGAUCCCUGGGUAUCGUUUCGUUCCCCCCCAUGAGGUGUUUGCCAAUCUGACUGUGAACCCAGCAAACGCAGGCUUCUGUGUGCCGGCUGGUAACUGCCUCGGCUCUGGCCUGCUCAACAUCAGUUCGUGUAAACAAGGUGCUCCCAUCAUAAUGUCCUCACCACACUUUUACCAGGCAGAUGAGAAGUUUGCUCAGGAUGUUUUUGGCAUGAAGCCUAAGAAGGAACAGCACCAGACUGCCAUUGAUAUCAAUCCGCUAACAGGAAUCGUCCUACAAGCGGCCAAGCGGCUCCAGAUUAACGUCUACGUGGAGAAAAUCCCCUACUUCAGUCAAACGGGAAACGUGAGGACCGUGGUCUUCCCUGUGGUUUAUCUCAAUGAGAGCGUUCUCAUUGACGACGCAUCGGCCAAGAAGCUGCAGGCGAUUGUUCUUGAGAAGAACGUUGUUGAGAACGUUCCCUUCAUGCUGAUCGGUCUCGGCAUCAUUUUUGGAGGACUGUUCUUGUUCCUGAUGUGUCGACAGAAAGUCCCAGAGAGCACUGUUGCUGAACGUGAACCUCUGCUGUCUUCAUAGCACAAAGGAGGAUGUGUGAGGAGGUUUGUUGUGUGUGUAGAAUCAUUUUAAGUGUGUAAAUCAAAAACAUUGAUCACAACGUAACCACUACUACUCAGAAUGCUAUCUCCUAAUC